CGUAAUCACAAAUGGACUGUUUUCCAAAUUGUGUGUUUGAAGUGUUUGGAACUCUUUCAUUAUUAAGUUUUCGAGUGUCUGCUGUAUAUUUAUCACUAUAAUUUGAAAUGGCUGAUUACUGGAAAUCACAGCCGAGAAAAUUCUGCCAGUACUGCAAGUGUUGGAUCGCGGACAACAAGCCUAGCAUUGAGUUCCAUGAAAGAGGGAAGAAUCACAAAGAAAAUGUUGCUGCCAAAAUUUCUGAGAUUAAAAAGAAGAGCAUAGAAAAAGUGAAACAAGAGGAACGUAUGUCGAAACAGUUUGCAGCAAUGGAGGAGGCUGCACUAAAGGCGUAUCAGGAAGAUCUGAAGAGGAUGGGACAGGAGUCAGAAUCAGGUUCACAACCUCAGAGAACACCACAGCCAGCACAACCGCAGCCAGCACAGCCAAAAGUCAAGCAACAACAAAAAGAGCACAAACCAAAGAAGUCUGGAGGCCGCAAAGAAGCGCAGGUGUGGGUCGAAGGAAAGACUGAUGAUGGGCACACUUACUAUUACAACACAGUAACUGGAGCGUCUCGGUGGGAAAAGCCACAGAGUUACCACGGUGGCACCUCAGACUCUGUCCAGCUGGCACAGAUUGAGAGCUCUUCAGGCAGCAGUUGGAUGGAAGCCAUCAGUCCUGAUGGUUAUACGUAUUACUACCACACAGAAACAGGAGAGUCCAGCUGGGAAAAACCACCUGACUUUCCUUCUACCGAGGCACCUGAAUCUGGCUCUGGGUCCAGCCUGGAAGCAGAGAAUCAGGAGGAGCCACAGACCCCUCAGGAGGAGUCAGUGACUCCUCAGCAGGAGCCACAGACCCCUCAGCAGGAGUCAGUGACUCCUCAGCAGGAGCCACAGACCCCUCAGCAGGAGUCAGUGACUCCUCAGCAGGAGCCACAGACCCCUCUGCAGGAGUCAGUGACUCCUCAGCAGGAGCCACAGACCCCUCUGCAGGAGCCACUCUCAGGAGGAGAGGAGACCUCCAACGGGGCUCAGGCUCCUCAGGAGCCUGAAGUCACUGAUCAAGUGAACCAACAGCCGAAAGUCCCAAAGAUCAGCUUCAGGAAACGGAAAGCCGAGACUGACACUUCUGAAAAAGAAACAGAGGAUAAAGACACAAAUGAUUCUCUGAAAAAGAACAACAAAGAGCAGCAAAAAGAGGUCCAAAGCACAGCUGAACCUGUGGAGAAAAAAGUGGAACAGAAAGUACAAGUCAAGAGGCCAAAAGCGGCAAAUCCAUACGGGUCCUGGGAACCGAUCCGGCAGGAGGAAGAUCCAUAUGCAAAUGUGGACCUACAGUUACCUCAGGUGGAGGAAGAUGAAUUGAGCACACCACCAGACCCACCACCAGAGCCCAAACCAAAGUUCAAGGAACGGAUCAUCACGUCCCUCAGCGAGGAAAGUGGACCUGCUUCUUUCAGAAAAAGCAAAACGCAGAACGGCAAAUCCAGGAGUCUGCGACAGAGAGACAGUGACGCCUGAGCUCAAAAGCCGCAGCAGUAAGACUGAGUUUUCGUUAAAAGAACUAUCUCCUGAGGAGGUUUUUCAUAGAUGGAUACUCCAUUUUGGGCUUUAAAACAUAUCACUAUUUCUUUAACCCCAGACACACAAAUAUCUUUAUUUUUUACUUGUUUCAGGCAGUGGCCGAUAGGGGCCAAACACUUCCAAACAAAGACACCACCAGCCAAAGCAGAAAACAAAAAAUAUCUGCAUCGAUUCAGCAACAGGUAGUUGCAUCAAGAAACAAACAUAAGUUAAUAUAAUGUGCAGCACAUGCAACCAUUUAAUUUAAUAAUAUCUGCUGCAAAUUCACACACGGCAGCCGGACACAGGAAGGCUGUGGAGAGCUGCACAACACAGUGGAAGUUCUAACAAAACAGCGGUUUCUGCCUCUGGGAAUUAACUGACACACCGAUCAGUGCAUCACAGCAUUUCACUUUUUAUCUCAACCCGCUCAGCAGAGCCGAGUAAGUUUUUCUACUUUAUUCAUGAUUUUACUCUUACGCAAGCUGUACUUUCACAACUUUCUUCAGUGCAUUGAACAGUUGAAGUCAGUUAAAACCCUCCAGGCAAGAACAUCAGCUUGUGUUGUGAGUGCUUCCAAAAGCUUUUGUAUAGCCUCAUGUUGGCUUAGUGGUUAGCACUGUUGCCUCACAGCAAGAAGGCCAUGGGUUCAAUUCCCACCUGUGGCCUUUCCGUGUGGAGUCUGCAUGUUUUCCCCAUGUUUGUGUGGGUCUCCUCCCACAU